AGGCGGUACCAACCCCUGCCGCAGGACUUUCUUGGGCCGGCUUGCGUAGAGCGUAGCUUUACCUUGAUGGCGGAAGGGCGUUGAAUGACGGUCGGGCCCCGCCAUCUGCUUAAAGGGACUCGUUCAACACGGAAGUGUCCCGGGGCUGCAUUGUGCUGCAGCUAGAAUGAAGCACAUCAACCUGUCAUUUGCAGCGUGUGGAUUUCUGGGCAUUUACCACUUGGGGGCAGCAUCUGCACUUUGCAGACAUGGCAAAAAACUUCUGAAGGAUGUCAAAGCUUUCGCUGGGGCGUCUGCGGGAUCCUUGGUUGCUUCUGUUCUGCUAACAGCACCAGAAAAAAUAGAGGAAUGUAACCAGUUUACCUACAAGUUUGCCGAAGAAAUCAGAAGGCAGUCUUUUGGGGCAGUAACACCCGGUUAUGACAUCAUGGCCCAACUAAGAAGUGGAAUGGAGUCGAUUCUUCCUCCCAACGCUCACGAGCUGGCCCAGAACCGACUGCACGUAUCCAUCACCAACACCAGAACCAGAGAAAAUCACUUAGUCUCCACUUUUUCCUCCAGGGAGGACCUCAUUAAGGUCCUCCUAGCCAGCAGUUUUGUGCCCAUUUAUGCAGGACUGAAGCCAGUGGAAUACAAAGGGCAGAAGUGGGUGGACGGAGGCCUCACCAACGCUCUUCCCAUCCUGCCCGUCGGCCGGACUGUGACCAUCUCCCCCUUCAGUGGACGACUGGACAUCUCCCCGCAGGACAAAGGGCAGCUGGAUCUGUAUGUUAAUAUCGCCAAGCAGGAUAUCAUGGUAUUGUUGUCUCCAUCCUACAUAAGAUGGAACCACAGCUCAGAAAGAUUUAGCUUUUCAAUAAAUAGAAACUGUGUCACAAAAGGAGCUACUUGAGGAUUUAAGACAUGGAUUUCAGAAAUCAAGACGCCAGUCAUGUUCUCUUUGAGGAAAUUCAGAAAGAAGUGUUGCAGAUUGCCUUUAUAAUAAUGUCUGAUGAAUGGCACCUCCCUGUGUCCACCAUAAAGACACAGAGUCUAUUUCCAUACCCUUGACCUGGGACUAGCCUUGUUAUGUACUUUGACUAACAGAAUGUGGCAGAGGAAAUGCUGUGCGAAGUCUGGGAAUUCAAUCUUAAGAAACCUUGAAGCUUUCACUCUUGUCCCCUGGUAAAGGAACUCUGAGGCCACCAUACAGUGAGGAAGACAAGUGUAGACUCUUGCAGAGAGGUCUUAUACAAUGCAAACCAAGGCGCCCUAGCCAGCAGGAAGCAGCAACUACGGGCAGGUGAGUGAGGGUAUGUUUUUCUACUUCCUUCCUUCAUCUUAUACCCUGUGAUCUCCAAUCAGUGUAAAAUGGGAUUUCUCUUUUUGAUGUUUUCCCCUGACAUUUCUAAUUUUGAACCGUGAAAUGCACCUAUAAAUUUCUAGAACGAUAUGAAAUGAACCUAUGCAAUAAUAAGAAUUCCAUAUUAGCUAUCAGAACUGCCUUUCAAGUUUCUUCUUACCUUAGAAAGCUAUACUUUAUCCAAGUGACUCAAAAGGGCUGAGUUUCUCAAAUAAAGAAGAGCAGAUGCUUCUAAAAAGCUAUCCUCUGGGCUCAUUCUCAAUGUACAGCUGCCAUGAUGCAUCCCUUCCCAUAGCCUUAGCUUCUGGUGUUGAGCAAAGAAUAGAAAACCAGGGUUGCAGCUCAGUGGCAUCACAGAGGCAAACCACAUUUAACCAUCUCCACGCAUCACUCUGAUUUGACUUUGAGACUAAAGUCUCUCUUUUUCCUCUUUGCAUCAAGAAGAGAGGGGAGCACCAGAUUAAAUGGGCAGAUCUUCGGCCAUGGCCUCCCUGUCUUCACAUCAGUGUGACACAUCUACCACCACCUUCCACAUGAAGCAAUCACUGAACUUUGCAAUAGCUCAACUUCUGCCCACAUACUUCUUUGACCAAUGGAGAGAAUGGAGGCAUCAUUGCAACAAGACUGCUGACUAAAUGUUUGUUGAACGCAGUUCGGAGUACAUCUGCCUUUAAAACUGCUUCACAUUCAAACUAAAGUAGAGUGACCAGGAGAGGUCUGGAAGAUGAGCUCUUCUCACGCAUCACAUCAUCGCACUGUUCCAUUAGAAUACAUGGAUUGCUUUCGAAAACAUCGUCAUGUUUUCAGUAAUCUACUCCUUUUGUUUUACUCCAAAUGAUUUUCCCAACCUUCCACAACCUUUAUAGGGACACACACUUUCUCCUAAAGAUUUUUUACAUCAUACCAAACAUAGUAGAUUGUCUACAAAAAUCUGCCAUUAAUAAGAAUAUUUAAAGAAAAUGCCUUAGGCAUUAAAAAAGUGUUUUAAGUAGUGCCAACAUCAUUGGAAUAAGCACAUGGCCUUACAAGUUGGCUACUUUGAUAGACAAGGUUCAUUUGGAUAGAGGACAACUGGUAUCAUUUUUUAAGACAAUUAAAAUAUAACCACUUUAAUCCAACCAUAAACAUAAACUACAAUAAAAAGCAAAACAGCAUACAGGCACUUAUUUAUACUCACACUGUGCAUCAUUUGCCCAUUUGAAGGUAUAUCUAGCAUUAUUUUAAUCUCACAAUCUAACAUUUUGGUCUCUUGGCUUUACUUCACUUUUCCUCUGAUAUACGAUGCUUUACAACUAAUAUUAAUUCCAGAAGGCAUCUUAUUUUCCCCAUAUCCUAAAUUAUUAAUAAAUAUGUCAAGGGAAGAAAACUAACAUCGACCCUUUUAGCAGCUUGACUAUUCUUUAAGUCAAUACAAAUACGUAUUAUUGACCUUCAAGUCAUUUCCCCACAGGGUGUACUCUUUUGGUGGAAGCUAAUUUGCUCCUAUUUGUAGGGAAGCAGAAUGGUGCAGUGGAUAAAAUAAUUGUGUGAGAGCAAAGAGGAUAGGUUUGUAUUCCUAAUACUGACAGACGUCAUCAUCAAACUUUUCCUGAUCUCAGUCUCUUUCUCUGUACAAGCAAAGGAAGAUCUGAGAUUGGAACUUCCAAGUCCCUUUCCAUUUCAGGAUUCCUGCCAAUGCUCCCUUUAAUGUUGGAGGGGAGGUAACCUUGUAAUGAGAAAUCUAGACAGAGCUUUUCCAUCCUAGGUGUGCACAGCUCCAGAGCAUUCUCCUCACCACUUCUGAUGGCUGCACUAUGCAAGCUGCUGGGAGAACGAAUGACAUGACCAUGAAACCAGAGCUCGUAUUACUUCCACCUAUUAAUCCUCCUGGCAUCAUUCUUGAAUGAGAGAAAGAGAACAGACAGAGUAAUAUGUCAAACACAUUUACAUUAGUUUCAAUGUGAAGUCCCUACUCCAAUCAGGUAUAAGAGAACCAAUAAAAAGAACAAAUAGAA